CGCUUAGCCGGAGUUGUCCUUCUCACCCACACGUGUCCACCGCCGCCUCUUCUGCGAUGCUGCCUCUACUGCGCUGCGUGCCCCGCGGCCUGGGCGCCGCUGUCGCCGGCCUGCGGGCCCCAGCGCCCGCCCCGCCGCUCCGGCAGCUUCUGCAUCCCGCGUCCCGGCCGUGCCUCCGGCCCUUCGGGCUGCUGUGCGUGCGCGCGGGGUCGGCGCGGCGGUCCGGCCUCCUGCAGUCCCCGGCGACCUGUGCCUGCGGCUGCGGCGCACUGCACACCGAAGGAGACAAGGCUUUUGUUGAAUUCCUGACUGAUGAAAUUAAGGAAGAAAAGAAAAUCCAGAAGCACAAGUCCCUUCCCAAGAUGUCUGGAGGUUGGGAGCUGGAAGUGAAUGGGACAGAGGCUAAGUUAGUGCGGAAAGUUGCUGGGGAAAAGGUUACUGUCACUUUCAACAUUAACAACAGCAUCCCACCAACAUUUGAUGGUGAGGAAGAGUCCACCCAAGGACAGAAGGUUGAAGAACAGGAGCCUGAAUUGACAUCAACUCCCAAUUUCGUGGUUGAAGUUAUAAAGAGUGAUGGCAAGAAGGCCCUUGUACUGGACUGUCAUUAUCCAGAAGAUGAGAUUGGACAAGAGGAGGAGGCUGAGAGUGACAUUUUCUCUAUCAAGGAAGUUAGCUUCCAGGCUACUGGUGACUCUGAAUGGAAGGAUACAAAUUAUACGCUCAACACAGAUUCCCUGGACUGGGCCUUGUAUGACCACCUAAUGGAUUUCCUCGCAGACCGAGGAGUGGACAACACUUUUGCAGAUGAGUUGGUAGAGCUCAGUACUGCCCUGGAGCACCAGGAGUAUAUAUCCUUUCUUGAAGACCUCAAAAGUUUUGUCAAGAGCCAGUAGAGCUAUCAUAGAAACUGAAGGCCUUACAAUUUUACAGCUAGGUUUAGCCAGUGAACAAAACCUACCCUGACAUCAGAACCAUGUGCUUUGAAAUGGUUAUCCUAUUAUCAUGGAAAAAAUUAGCAAAUUUAAAUUAUUGCAGUUUCAUUUACCAUUCAUUUUGGUUUUUUUCUGUACAAAUUUAUUUCUAGUUUUUGUAUAACAUAAUGAAUAAUAAAAUUAUUUUAUCU